CCCGCCCCCACAGCUCCCGGGGCCGGCGGAUCUCCCGUGAGGCUCCCGCCGGCUUGCAGCGACCCGGCAUCCGAAGGAGCGAGCUGUGUAGCGACUCCAUCUGUGUAGCGGCUCGAUCUGGCGCAGCCAUGGACCGGAAGGUGGCUCGAGAAUUCCGGCACAAGGUGGAUUUUCUGAUUGAAAAUGAUGCAGAGAAGGACUAUCUUUAUGACGUGCUGCGGAUGUAUCAUCAAACCAUGGAUGUGGCCGUGCUCGUGGGGGACCUGAAGCUGGUCAUCAAUGAACCUAGCCGCCUGCCACUGUUCGACGCCAUCAGGCCCCUGAUCCCUCUGAAACACCAGGUGGAGUACGACCAGCUGACACCCCGGCGCUCCAGGAAGCUGAAGGAGGUGCGCCUGGACCGUCUGCAUCCCGAAGGCCUCGGCCUCAGCGUUCGUGGGGGCCUCGAGUUCGGCUGCGGGCUCUUCAUCUCCCACCUCAUCAAAGGCGGUCAGGCAGACAAUGUCGGGCUCCAGGUAGGGGAUGAGAUUGUGCGGAUCAAUGGCUACUCCAUCUCCUCCUGCACCCACGAGGAGGUCAUCAACCUCAUCCGCACCAAGAAGACUGUGUCCAUCAAAGUGAGACACAUCGGCCUGAUUCCUGUGAAGAGCUCCCCAGAGGAACCCCUCAAAUGGCAGUACGUGGAUCAGUUUGUGUCGGAAUCUGGGGGUGGGCAAAGUAGCCUGGCCUUCCCCGGCAGUCGGGAAAACAAGGAGAAGAAGGUCUUCAUCAGCCUAGUAGGAUCCCGGGGCCUUGGCUGCAGCAUUUCCAGUGGGCCUGUCCAGAAACCUGGCAUCUUUAUCAGCAAUGUGAAGCCUGGCUCCCUGUCUGCCGAAGUGGGGUUGGAGACAGGGGACCAGAUUGUCGAAGUCAAUGGCAUCGACUUCUCCAACUUGGACCACAAGGAGGCCGUGAACGUGCUGAAGAGUAGCCGCAGCCUGACCAUCUCCAUCGUAGCUGGAGCCGGCCGGGAGUUGUUCCUGACAGACCGGGAGCGGCUGGAGGAGGCCCGGCAGCGCGAGCUGCAGCGGCAGGAGCUUCUCAUGCAGAAGCGGCUGGCGAUGGAGUCCAACAAGAUCCUCCAGGAGCAGCAGGAGAUGGAGCGACAAAGGAAAAAGGAAAUUGCCCAGAAGGCAGCAGAGGAGAAUGAAAGAUACCGGAAGGAGAUGGAACAGAUUAUAGAAGACGAGGAAAAGUUCAAGAAGCAGUGGGAAGAAGACUGGGGUUCAAAGGAACAGCUGCUCUCACCUAAAACCAUCACCGCUGAAGCGCACCCAGUACCCCUUCGCAAGCCUAAAUCCUUUGGGUGGUUUUAUCGUUACGAUGGCAAAUUCCCGACCAUCCGCAAGAAAGGAAAGGAUAAGAAGAAAGCCAAGUAUGACAGCCUGCAGGAGUUGAGAAAGAAUAAGAAGGAACUAGAGUUUGAGCAAAAACUUUACAAAGAGAAAGAGGAAAUGCUGGAAAAGGAAAAACAACUGAAGAUCAACCGUCUGGCCCAGGAGGUGUCUGAGACCGAGCGGGAAGACCUUGAGGAAUCGGAAAAGAUUCAGUAUUGGGUGGAAAGGCUCUGUCAGACGCGCCUUGAGCAGAUUUCCUCUGCUGAUAAUGAGAUUUCGGAGAUGACCACGGGGCCACCGCCUCCCCCGCCUUCUGUGUCUCCCCUGGUCCCACCCCUGAGACGUUUCGCAGGCGGGCUGCACCUCCACACCACUGACCUGGAUGACAUCCCCUUGGACAUGUUCUACUAUCCCCCCAAGACUCCCUCCGCCUUACCUGUGAUGCCCCACCCUCCACCCUCCACCCCAUCGCCCAAGGUCCCUGCACCCCCAGUCCUUCCGUCAUCAGGCCACGUGUGUGCCUCAUCUUCACCCUGGGUGCAACGCACUCCACCCCCCAUCCCCAUCCCUCCCCCACCAUCUGUUCCCACCCAAGACCUGACUCCUACCCGCCCGCUACCCUUGGCACUGGAAGAGGCACUGGGCAACCACCCCUUCCGUGCUGGGGACACAGGAAAUCCCACAGAGGACUGGGAGGCAAAGAACCACAGUGGGAAGCCCACUAGCUCCCCUGUUCCUGAACGGAGCUUCCCACCCACCCCAAAGACAUUUUGCCCAAGCCCACAGCCUCCACGAGGCCCUGGCGUGUCCACUAUCUCCAAGCCCGUCAUGGUCCACCAGGAGCCCAACUUCAUCUACAGGCCAGCUGUGAAAUCCGAGGUCCUGCCACAGGAGAUGUUGAAGAGGAUGGUGGUUUACCAGACAGCGUUCAGACAAGAUUUCCGGAAAUAUGAGGAAGGCUUUGACCCCUACUCCAUGUUCACUCCAGAGCAGAUCCUAGGGAAGGAUGUCCGACUCCUGCGCAUUAAGAAGGAGGGAUCCUUAGAUCUGGCCCUGGAAGGUGGUGUGGACUCCCCGAUCGGGAAGGUGGUCGUCUCGGCUGUGUAUGAGGGGGGAGCUGCUGAGCGACAUGGUGGCAUUGUGAAAGGGGAUGAGGUCAUGGCGAUCAAUGGCAAGAUCGUGACAGACUACACCUUGGCUGAGGCUGAGGCCACCCUGCAGAAGGCCUGGAGUCAGGGGGGCUUCUUCCCACAGGACUGGAUCGACCUCGUUGUUGCUGUCUGCCCUCCAAAGGAGUACGACGAUGAGCUCUCUGCUCUUCCCUCCUCCGCAGCCGAAAGCCCACCAGUCCGAAAGGUCCUUGAAGUCCGUGCUCCCAUGCCUAGACAUGGGUUCCUCCUUCAGCUGGAGCCUGACAGCCCCCCACGGUGAAUAGGCAGGUGGGCUGCAGGGCCCUGCCUGUCCAUGCUGUGUGCAGUGGCCGUCUACUGUCCAUGCUGGCGGGUUCUUUGGACUGGGGUCUGGAGGGCUGCACAAGGCACCAUCCCUGGAAUGCCAUCCAGGCCUGCUGUUGGCCACCCUGGAAUUUUGUCCAACUCAAAGACCCUCCUAUGCUCACUUCGGCAACACAUAUACUAAAAUUCAAAGACCCUCCUGCUCAGGGAAGGGAAGCAGAGCCCAGUCUAUAGCAUGCUCGGGACCUGGGUACCCUGACUCACCACAGACCCUGUGGGGGCACCCACAGGAGUGGGAUGGAACAGUGAGCACCAUUCUCUGGUGGGCACAGACAGUGCUUCAAACCAGACAUGACGGGCUGGGUAAGCCCACGGGAGUACAGCCUGGAUUUCCCCAUAGAGGGAUCCCCUCCCUGGGAACACCAUCCUCUGGGAGCCCCUGCUCCACUGGGCCCCCAAGCUUGGGCAAUUCAGGCUUGUCCAAAGAACCAGGGUUGGCCUCUCAGAGCUGUUCCUGUCCUGUUGUGACUUGUCAUGGCCUGAGCCCAGCUUGGACCAAACUGUGCCUUCUCUCUCCCUUGGCUCCAGCUCCCUUGACAGUGUCCUCUGGGGGACACUGUGGAGCCCAGUUUGGCGCUGUGUUUCCCACUCUGUGACAGAGCUGUGCUCAUGGACAGAGCUGGCAGGUGGCCAUGAGCUGGUGUUUGGUGUGGCCUGAGGCCCACAACUGGCAGUAUCUGGGGCAGACCCAAGCCGGGACUUGUUGACUUUUCUGUUACAAGUUUCUCAAAACAUUAGGGCCUCAUGCUCCCAGGACAGUUGGCCUGCUCUGCCAUGGCUCCUGGGAUGGCCUCCAUGGCCCUCUGUUUUCUGCCACUUGUCCUGUGCUCUUCAUGAGGGACCCUAGCCCCUCUGCCUUCUGGUCCCCUCCUAGCUUAUCCCACGUAUCCCUCUGCCAUCCCCGGCCUCCCGUGUGCUGUGGCUAUGGCUGCCGUGUGGGACUUGGGGUCCACCUUGGGCCGCCAGGGAGGGUGUCCCUGGGAUGAGUGUGUACCCACAAGGCCUGCACCCGCCU